CCUCUCAUUCUUUGACUCUCCUUUGAAAUUUCUAGUCGAGGGCUUUCCCUAUCCUUCGAUUUAGGGUUUUUGAGCUUUUCUCGCUCCCCUCUCAUCACUUUUUUUUCCUUUCCUCUUUUGCCACCUUUCUUCUCCUUCCGCCAUGAUUCCGAAAUGAUCAUGAUCUAUGUGCUUAAUCAGGUGAUGUUGUUGUUGUGCUUGGGGAUCGCUUAGGGUUUCCCUGGUGUUUACGCGUUUUGUCAUGGUGAGUACUCAACAACGCACCGACGAUGGUUCUGGUUCCUCUCCACCAGUGGUAAAAGCUCUUCUUAAGAGCUAUGGAAUUACGAAACCACUUUCCGUUGCUGGUCCUUGUGCGGCUGAUCUUAAGCGUAAUUUCGAACUGGAGAAGUUCCUGGUUGACGAGGGGCUCUAUGAGAACAAGGAAGAAACUAUGCGAAGAGAGGAAGUUCUGGUGCGCAUUGAUCAGAUUGUAAAACACUGGGUGAAACAGUUAACUCGGCAGAGAGGCUAUACAGAUCAGAUGGUGGAGGAUGCAAAUGCUGUCAUUUUCACUUUUGGAUCUUACCGACUUGGAGUACACGGACCUGGGGCUGAUAUUGAUACUUUGUGUGUUGGCCCAUCUUAUGUUAACAGAGAGGAGGAUUUCUUCAUUAUCUUGCGCGGUAUAUUGGCUGAAAUGGAAGAAGUGACUGAGCUUCAACCUGUUACUGAUGCCCAUGUCCCAGUUAUGAAAUUCAAGUUCCAAGGAAUAUCAAUUGAUCUUCUGUAUGCUAGCAUAUCAGUUGUCCCUCAGGAUCUGGAUAUUUCCAACUCUUCUGUGCUGUGUGACGUGGAUGAACAAACUGUCCGCAGUCUUAAUGGUUGUAGGGUUGCUGAUCAGAUUCUGAAACUCGUUCCAAAUUCCGAGCACUUCCGGACAACAUUAAGAUGCCUAAAGUACUGGGCUAAAAAGCGUGGGGUCUAUUCAAAUGUUACUGGAUUUCUUGGUGGUGUAAACUGGGCACUUCUGGUUGCACGCCUGUGCCAGCUUUAUCCAAAUGCUAUUCCUAGUAUGUUGGUUUCUCGAUUUUUUAGAGUAUAUACUCAAUGGCGCUGGCCAAAUCCAGUCAUGCUUUGUACAAUAGAAGAAGAUGAGCUUGGCUUUCCCGUCUGGGACCCACGAAAAAAUCAUCGUGACCGUUAUCAUCUUAUGCCAAUAAUAACUCCUGCGUACCCAUGCAUGAAUUCUAGUUACAAUGUAUCUCAAAGCACUCUUCGUGUUAUGACAGAGCAAUUCCAGUUUGGUAACACGAUCUGUCAGGAGAUUGAGUUAAAUAAACAACACUGGAGGUCCUUAUUUGAGCAAUAUAUGUUCUUUGAGGCAUAUAAAAACUACCUUCAGGUUGAUGUACUAGCUGCAGAUGCCGAAGAUUUAUUGGCGUGGAAAGGUUGGGUGGAGUCACGGUUCAGGCAGCUGACCUUGAAGAUAGAACGAGACACAAAUGGGAUGUUAAUGUGCCACCCUCAACCAAAUGAGUAUGUGGACACUUCCAAGCAGUCUCGUCAUUGUGCCUUUUUCAUGGGCUUGCAGAGGGCAGACGGAUUUGGUGGCCAAGAAUGUCAGCAGUUUGAUAUACGUGGAACAGUGGACGAGUUCAGGCAAGAGGUAAACAUGUAUAUGUUUUGGAGACCUGGGAUGGAUGUGUUUGUUUUUCAUGUUCGAAGGCGACAGCUUCCAUCUUUUGUUUUCCCAAAUGGAUACAAAAGGCCUCGUCAACCAAGGCACCAGAAUCAACAAUGCAGAGAACCUGGUGAGGAGGGCGUUGGUUCUUUGUCCAACUCUGUUGAGAGAUAUGCGAAGAGAAAGAACGAUAAUGAAACUAUGGAUACCAGGCCAGAGAAAUAUGAGAAGCGUGCAUCUCUUAGUCCACAUAGUGCGGAUGUAGUUUCUCCUGACAGCAGUGCUAUCACUUCUGGUGGGACUCCUCAGAUUGGCAUUGUGCCCAGUUCUAGAGCUGAAUGCUUAGUAUCUGGAGAUCUUGUUUGCAAUGUUAGAAGUCUUCCUAUCGUGGACGUUGAGGCUGAAAAUUUUAUCAGUAACGAGCAAUUCCUGGAAGUAGAUGAUAAAACUCCAGUCCAAGGUUAUCAUGACCUGGCUGGGCCUGUAGGAAAACAUGUAAGACCUGACCUUGGUGCUGUGCUAGCGUGUGAAGGUGGGCUGAAUAAAGAAAUAGCUUGUGGUAUGGGCUCUGAAUCUAUCAAUGACACUGAAACUCAACAUCUUCCAAUGCGACAAAAUCUCAAAGAGGAUGUUUAUGAAGUCGAGAUGGAAACCAAGUCGGGAGAAAUUGCUGAUGGUGUUUUGCGGAAUGGAUACUGUGGGCGGAAUCUUGAUCAUGAGUCAAACCCUCUGUUCAGCGGGAUGGGGAAGCUGGAAGCAAGAGCUAGGUCAGAAUCUUUGCAGAAUCAGCAGGAGGUUGAGCUUGAAGUCUCCGCAAUUGCAACGACAACCGGAAGUCAAGAAAAAGUAAAACAAAAAACACAAAAAUAAAUAACAAGAAUCAGAGCAACCUAGUGUUUGCUUUGGACGACAGCUUCAGAACUCGACACUAUUGGUAAGUGCACCUAAUUAUGAAUACUAGACGCUUAGAAAGGAAAAGAAAAAAAAAAAAGAAAGGAAAAGAAAAAAUGGUAACAACUUUUAAAUGAUGUGUUUGUUGAAUACUUCUUGGUGGUAUUGUGAGUAUCCAAAAACCAAACUCUGGGAAGAGUGAGCUUAAAUAAUGAGUGUGGGAUGCAAAAGACAAGCAUUGUUCCAUACUAUGCUCCAGGUAAGAUUCGGAGCUGUGCUUUUGUCUGAAAGAUGCAAGAUUUCGAAGAAGAAGCCAGUGAGAUCACUAUAGAACACGGCAACUGAAUUAAUGUAUCUGUCUGCCUAUUCAGGUUAUUUCACUCUUGUUUCUGUAUAGUCAUUUGGGAUCUUUCAAUGUUAUACGAUUCUAUGCAUAAAAUUAUCGCCUGCUUUCUAAUU